CAAACACACAGAGCUAGCAGUGUUGUAUAGUUGAAACUUUUUUUUUUUUUUUUAAAAGACUGUCAGAUCAAAUCCCUGACUGACAAAUUCAAGAUGGGGAACAUGUAAUGCCCUGCCGAGGGCGCAGCCCUCCUGGCCUCUGUUGCUCGAGACAUCUGCCCUUUUCCAGACUUCCACCCCAAUCAUCUUUUCGUCAACAUGCUGUCCAUCAACUAUUCACUUCAUGUGAGGAAGCACUACACAGCAGUGCAGUCCUCCCUGACACCCAAGCAGUUGGAGGACUUCACCCAGAACCUGAGGACCACUUUUGGCAGGGAGGGCAAGGUCACUCUCGGUGGGGUAGGGGUAGUGGCUCUGUCACUGGCUAUGCUGUUUGACACUCUUGCCAGACAGGCCAGAGGAGAGUGGGUGCCAGACUCAGGGCCGAUUCCUGGUUUAUUUCUCAAAAAUGUGAGAGGGUACUACCCACCACAUGUCUACACAGUCAGUGAGUACCUGAGGCUCGUACCCUACAUUGCAAACAACCCCACCAGGAUGAAAAAGGAAUCACAGAGGUACCUCAAGCAGUUAAAAAUUGAUGACCAAUUGUUGGACAAACUGGGAGAAAACAACACAUUUCCGGAAAUGGAUGGAACAACAGCACUCAAUGUGGUUCUGGGAAAGUUUUUUGCAGGCAGUUUGAAGCUUCACCUCCACCGCAUCAGAAACACUACAGCUAAAGAGGUGUUCAGACCUAAUGGCCAAUGGCCAUCAGCCUAUUAUAUCUAUAAUCUCAACUGUGACCCAGAGACAGCCAACAAUGAUUUUUUUGUCAAAAUGCAAAAAUAGUCAUUCUGUCAUUCAUAAUAGUUAUAACUGUCAUUCAUACCGGAGAAGCUUUGAAAAGCUGUGAGCCAAGAAGUGACCUGCUCAACAUUGCCAGGCUAGAAAUGGUAGAUAUCAUUUUCCUCCUCUUUCAAGCAGCUAGAUAUAGGAGUACUGCUUCAAUGAUUGCCCAUAGAGAAGAUUUUGACCUGAAGGCUGAUGCACUCAGAAAAUGGGUAAUGUAGUUCAUUGUCCUAUUAAAAGAAAAAUUCAAAGUAUAUGUUCAAAGGAAAACAAAAUAAAAGAAAGUGAUCAAAAUCAAGAUCAGAUACAUAAAGUGGAACAUGAAACUGGUGGAAUCCAUAAAGCCAGAUUCUAUCAUGUUAUUCUUUCAAAUGAGUGCAUUCAUAUAUAGGGAUAAUUAAGUGUGUGGAUCUGUGUGUGAGUGUAUGUAUGAUUUAGAUUUUUUUCCCCCUUGAAAUAUGUGAAAUGUAUUUAUGCAUUUAAUCUGAGAUUGUAAUUACACUGAACCAAAAUUUAAAUGUAACAAUUUGUUUUUGUUUUUUUGUAUGUUUGUUGUUUAUUUGUCUGAUUGUGUUAGUGAGCACUUUUGAGCACAUCUUCACAGAGAUAACAUCCACCUGACAAGUGUAGCAUAUCAGGAUGCUGUUUAGCACGAUAACUACACAGGUGUGCCUUAAGAUGGUCUUACUCACUUACUUAGGCUUUUGUACUCCUUUCGAAACAUAGGUCAUUGAAGGAUAGUUUCCAACCUAGAUAACAAUGGGGUGUUAUUUUUUAUCCACGUUACAGUUUACUAAAAAAAAAAAGAAAAAAAAAAACAUUUUUGAUUGUAGCUAUCUGUGGAGUUGGACGUUAGGCAGUCUUGAUGCUCAUCAGUGGGCUCUUAUCACCUACAUGAUGUUCUUCCCCAUCCCACUCUGUGUCCAUGUUUUUCUGUGACUCCUCAGUGCUGGUAAUUGCCUCAUUAUCAAUAGUAGCACUGAAAGGACAUGACUAAAGAUGGAUCAAAUAAUCUUUUCAAUGUACCUUGCAUGUUCUGUGGCUUCAUAUUUACCUGACAUAGUAGAGUCUUGUUGCUUUGAAGCGGGUGAUGGUUCAAUUAUUAGACAUUUGGUGAAGGCGUGGAAUGACUGUGGUCAUCCUUAAAAAUGGCGUUGAUUGUCAGUUGGAAACAGGAACCAAACAGCAGUCUCUGAAUAAAUGUGAGUUGGAUUAUACUCCACGAUUAAAGUGAUUUUUUAGACAGAUGUUGUGAUAUAGUUUUACUGUUGUUAAAUGUGGUCAGUAAGUCAGUAUGGUCUGUGUUUUCCAUGGAGGCUUGCAAGAAAACAUUUUCUUCAUGAAUUUACGGUAACACCGCAUGACUAGUUGGUUUACAAAUGGUCAUUUUGUCUGUAAAGUAUUCCAUUAAACAGAAAUCCUUAUUAUAGGAGGUGUGCACACUUAUUGCCAAGUUCUGCCUGCUCCUGGCACUCUGGCUCAACAUGUUGUACCUACAAUUAAAAACCUUGAUGUUAUUUUAGAUUACAACUUUAAAUCAUGCGCUAUGUUAAAAUGCUAGCACAGUUGUGUUUUUUGAGCACGGUCUCACUCCGAAGUUGUCCAAAGCCAGCGCUUGAACAGUGACUUGCAGCGUCAGAAACCAAUGAAAAAAGGCAUCCUUUCACAUCAGCAUGAUACAUGGCUGGUUGCCAUUAUAGUUUAGCAGCGCCAGGCAGCGUCACGGGAAAACAUGGCAGGACAAGAACAAAAGAUAAGGUGACAAAAGUGC